GAAGGAGAAAACAGAAGAAGGAUUUCCAUAGGAUUAUGGAUGGUUCCCUACGUGCUGGCCCAGGGAAGAGGGAGGGCAGCCCUUGUUUCCAGGCCACCACAUCCCUGUACCCACGGCAGAUCCAGACGCACAGCGGUCGCAAACAGCCCGCAGGGACACGCUACACGUUCAGCACAGUCACGGAGUCGUCGUCCCCCACUUCGCAGGCCAGAAUCAGCGAGGAAGCGGGGAGAGCCCGGACCACCAACCAGGGAGCGAGGAAGAAAGAAAAAAGCAAGACAGAUUUGAGGCUGAGUGUAUUGAGAACAGGAGAGAAAACAAAGUUGGAGGACGAGUUCAGCCAGCCUGGCCACAGGAGCUGCAGGAUGGAGGGUGGGCUCUUCCGUUGCUGGCCCUCAGGGGUCGAAGGGAUCAGGGGUCUGGGGUAGGGGCCUCACUCUGUCCUGGGAGGGGCCUGGCAUGAAGAAGCUGAGCUCACUUACGACUCCCCCACGCAUGCCCCCAAGUUCCGGGCAGAAUGAACUCACUAGGAAGGCACCCCCCGUUCCCAUGGAGACGAGCCCAGAGCUCACGAAAACUGCAGGCUCAGCCCAGCAUGGGCACCGCCUCCACCACCCCUCGCCCCGCUGGGGAGCCCAGAAAUAGGGCUGGGGAAGAGAAAGUGGGUGGUGCUCGGCCCCCAGCCUUGGGAGGCUUCCAUCUGAAUUCUGCCUCUUGCGUCUGUAUCCUCUCACACUCCCCCCCCACCCAAGCCUGGUUUGGGGGCUGCGUCACAUCAAACAUGUCAGAGGUGGUGAGGAUCUCACACUACCUGACUCGGCACCCUCACUGUAUGGGGAAACUGAGACCCAAGGAGACACAGGGAAUUAAUCUGUUAGAAUCCAGAUCUCUUAGAUCCCAGGCUUUUCCUCCAAACCUUAAGGUCCCCUUCUCCGUCUCACCGCGCUGCUAUGCUCCUGCCCUGGCCUCCUAUGCGUCUACAGUCUCCAGGCCCUCCGGGCCUGCGCCCUCCCAGCCCGGGCUUCCGGUCCCCUGGCCUCCCGCAGCAUCUCGUUCCAGCCACGCCCUCCCCAGGGGCACCCUCACAGACCUCUCAACUCCAGCGGUUCUAUGGCAACAGCCUGUUGCCGCCCCCUUUCUUCCCCAGGGGACUGUCUUACCACUUCCAAGGCCUUUCUCCCGAAGCACCAGCCCUAACCCCUCAAUCCUCACAGAUGGUCACCGCGAGAAGGGCAGUGACUGUAUAGAUGAGAAAACUGAGGCCCAGAAAGGGAAAGUGACUGGGCCAGACUCACCCAGCAAAAGGGAGGCUGGGACAGGGCCAGACCCCCCUCUCCGGCCUCUCUCCCCGUUGGCCCCCUCCAUCGCACAGACAGAGCUACUUUCACUGGGACAGAUCUCGGGUGAGGCUGAAGCCCAACUGGCUGAUGGGCCUCUCUCACUGCACGCCCACACCCGCACCUCCUUCUACGGGGCCCUCCUGCCCUCGGGGACUCCCUGGGACCUCGCACGCCCCAGGACAUGGAGGGCCAGCCAGGUGGAACCGGGACCGAGGUCUGGUCCCCAAAGUGGAGCCAGGUGUUUGGAGAGGACAGGGAGGCAGGGCAGCAGAGGGGCAGGAAGGAAAGCGUCAGACAGCCAUGGCGGGCUGAGUCCUCAUCCAGCGGAAGAGCCCGCGAGAGGAGAAAAUGUGGCGGCCAAGGCGAAGCUCUCUGAAGCAGCGGAGAGGAAACGGUGUCCAGAAGGCAGAGGUGGAGGAGACAGACCAGUGCAGGUGAGAAGCCAGCGACAGGCAGAAGGAUGCCAGGAGCUGGGGCGGCUGGGAAGGCGGACCCUUGGCUGGCUGGCUACACGGAGGCACUGGCCGGCUCUCUUUGUUCCAGAAGCCCAUGUUGGGGUCCCCUCCUAGGCCAUUCCCCAGCAAGACGCUGGCAUCCCUACAGCUCACAAAGGCCCGAGGAAGCCCCCCAGCCUCACUUCGGCCUGCCGAGGGAGUUCUCUCUUCGUGACCCUCCCCCCCCGACCCAGUAUGGGACGGCAGGUCCCUCAGACAUGGAGUCUAAUGACCCUUGUGGCAGCCACAGCCCAGAGAGCGGAGGUGACUUGGCCAGAGUCACAAAGCUAGCUGGUGGCAGCAUCAGCCUUUGAGCCCCGAGGCCCCAUACUCCUGACCCUCAGCUCGGUGCCACUUCCAGCCACAUCUGCUCUCCAUCCAGCCCUCAGAGAGGGGUUCCUGCCAGGCAGUGGGAUCCCUGCAGGGUCCU